AUGGACCUCGGGUUGAAGCCUGCGUAUAUGCAGCGGUCCUCGGCCUUCAACCUCACUCGCCAGCUGUUGUGCCUGCCAUUUUUACCAGCCCAACACAUUCGCCCAACGUUUCUGAAGUUUGCAGAGCACGAAAGAUCAUUUCCGGAUCUCGAAAAGAGGAACCGACUGAUGGACUACAUCUCUCGCCAGUGGCUUGAUCACCCGAUCUUUGAUGUUGCCAGUUGGUCCGUGUUCGGGUACCAGAUCCGAACGAAUAACGACGUUGAAGGAUAUCAUCAUCGUCUGAACUCGAGAGCUGGUCACCGCGGUCUGACAUUUUACAGAUUAGUACCUGUGCUGCUCAGUGAGUGCCAGCAUGCACAGCGGCACGCAACCCUGAUAGCAUCCGGCAGCAAUGACGGCACAAAUAGAGGCCGUCAGUACAGACACCUCUCCCAAAAAGUCAAGGAUUUAUUUGAAAAAUACUCUGCGUGUAAACUGACGACCACUCACUACCUGCGUGCUUGCGGAAAACUAUACGGACCGCCAGAUACGGAGUGA